AAGUUUUACCUGGACUGUCUUGAUUGGUCGGAAGACAAUGAUUACUGUUAUUUCGACUUUGUGAUUGGCCUCUGGUGAUUGGUAAAUCUAUUUUAUUCGCUGGAUGAGCUCUGUUGGAUGGACACCUGACCCAAUCCGUAACGUGGCAAGGAACAUAGGGAGAACUGGUUUUUAGCCUGCAAUUCAGGCGUUUACCCGGUGUUUUUAUAGCGAAAAACCGGCCUCGAGCGAUUCGUAGCCGCCAUCUUGGAUUUUUCCAUUUUUGCUCAAAAUCAAAGAUAAAAACACCAGGUAAACGCCAGGUUUUGGGAUAAGAAUCUCACGCCAAAGCACAUUCAAGUUAAGAGGUCUUUCCAUGUGUUUUGUUUUGUUCAAACAGAAAAUUUGUUAUAGGGUAGAGACUAGCAGGGAGGUAGUGGCAUGCUUCCCAGAAAAAAGUGGCUGUUGUUCUUUGGGACGUCAAAGUGAACUUUGCUUGUUUCCGUUUCCGCCGUUCUUUCUCAGACACGAGCGCGCAUUGCAUGAUUGUUUUUCGCGUGCCGCUGUGCAUGAUGGGGCUUGUCUUGGCAGAUGCAAUCGAUCGGCUGUGGGUUUGAAGACCGUGACAUGGCUAAGAAAAUACCGAUUUCUCAACAGCAACCCAACCAUUGGACCUGAAUCCAACGCUAUGCGACAAAGCACGGAACGCUUGAAGUCGUGAUCAAACAACCUUUGUGAAUGAUUGUAGAAAAUCCGUGCUAAAAUAGGGGAGAAAACGGAUAUACUUCCUGAACUCAAACCGUGCUUCAAUGAACCGUGUACACCUUUAACUACCUUGUCAAUUUGGGUCGAAAUUGUUGCCGUCUUCAAGUCAUCAAGCCGUGAGGUUACACCAUAGGUACCAGAGGAUAACAUAUUGAGCAUUUGACGAUGGUUCUAUGUAUGGAUUACAAACAAAACUGAUUUUAAGCGGCGCGGUUUGAACCUUUUUUCAGCAUUCUACUGUCACAGUGUUUUGAUUCGAGAUCCAAGCCAAGCUGGGAUAGAAAUACGCGAAAUCCUCCCACAAAACUGUACCUAUUUACAGAUUUUUUACAUCUUAUCAAGGACUGGUGUGUUUGCUUUUCUCAUUUCAGCUUUUUGUUUGUAUAUCGUAUCAAAUAUUGGUUGAAAUUUGAUACGAAGAUUGUACAAGCCCUUGAAGAUUUCUUGAUGCAUCGUUUUCGACAUUUUUUGUGGUAGCGGUGCUUCGAGCAUCUCCCAAAGAAAUCUGAACAACCGUUGAGGGUUUUUAUAAACAGCUAAAGCGUUAAUUUUGCAAACAAAAAAUACCUUUGUUUUAAAGGGGUGAAUUUUAGCGAUAACACUUGUUGUGGUAAUUGUAAACAUAUCUCAAGCCAACCGGAUGUAGGAAAUGGCAACUUCUUUAACUGUCAUCACGUUUUGUGUCCACCACAACUAAGUGUUAAAAAAAUGUCGGUAGUAAAGGAAUUCAAUGGGGACAACCUGGAAACAAUAGGGGUGGCAGAUCCCUCCAGAAGACAAAAUGGAAUAGGGUAUUUAUCGUCAAUUUCAAUGGAUGAAGGAUUAAUGAAUAAUAAUCCAAAACGUGAACAACCUACACCUAUAAUGAAUGGAAUUGCAACGCAUAGUGAACAGGAGCAUAGCUCGCAUGAUACCUCAAAUGCACAGAGGCUAAAAAAGACGUUAAGUCUGCCGUUAGAACAGCAAGUAGUGGUCAGAGAAAGUCUUCCUCCGCCGAAGAGCUCUUGGUUAUUAAGGCUGUUUGAGUCUAAGCUGUUUGAUAUGUCUAUAGCAAUAGCAUACUUGUUUAAUUCCAAAGAACCAGGAGUACUGACCUACCUCGGCAACAAGUUAUUUUCUUUGGAUGAUGAUGAUGUCAGCUUUUAUCUUCCUCAAUUAAUUAACAUGUACAUCCACAUGGAUGAUGUGGGUGAUGUUGUUCAUCGGUACUUGGUGGAGAGAUGCAGAAGAAGCUUGAACUUUGCAUUAGAGGCCACUUGGCUUCUAGAGGCAUACUGUGCCGACGGCUGGCUCCCAUCAGAAGAGUAUACAAGAGGAACCAAGCUGCUGUCUAUUAUAUUGAAUGAUACAAGUGUUGGGAAACCCAAGUCCCCUGUUGUACCAAUGCCUACCCAUGGCCAGUUAUCCUCAUCACCUACAUCACCUAGUGCGCUGAACACCCUUGGGUCGACCAAGAAGACCCACCACAGAUCCAAGUCUGAUGCUACAGCUGCUAUAGUGGCUUCCAGCAGACUGAUGGAGGCCAAUGAAUAUGAGCCGAGUAUGACAUCUAGUGAUUUGCGCUAUGGCCACGCCUUCGAUAGUUACUGUUCCAAGCAUGCACCAAAGGUGUCUGCAAAUGCUUCCAGCCCUCUCCUGAUGGAACUUGCUAAAUCACCUCCUUCGUGUAAUUGCCAGAACCCAAGGCUUAUUGCUCAGAGAGAGUUCAUAGCCGCUCUCAUCUCCGUCGGUGCAAGACUCAAAUCUCUUCCCACUAAAGAUCUCAAGACAUCCCGAUUGUUUGCUGAGCUGUCUCUACUCAACCUCAACUUGCCUGCCAAAGUGUGUCUUCCGGUACACACCAGUAGAGUCGGCAGCCACUAUGUUGUGAGGAUUCCUCAUACUGCUGCAGUGGUGCUAAAUUCUAAGGACAAGGCUCCAUACAUGGUUUAUGUGGAAGUUCUCUGCACUGAUGGGGAGGAUGACCCUCUUCCAUCCAAACAAUUUCAGACAAGCCAGAACCCUCUCAGGCAAACAAGGUCUGAAGAACAUUUACCAACAUACUGUCGAUCAGAUGCUAUAAGAACAUCAAGCUUCACGAUUGGUGACUCAGAUGAUGAGUGCUGGUCGACAGAGUGUGAAGACCGCCAACCUGUUGCGAGCAGCGAGGUGGACGGAGUAGGUGACAACACCUUUGUAGCUGCAGCCGACAUUCGUCAGAGGUUAUCUGAGCACCUCAGCACCCCGACGACUCUCUUUAGAAAUAACCCAGAGGAUCCUUCUGCUGCUGUCUUAAAGGAGCCGUUCGAUGAAAAGGAAUCAAGGAUACGAGCCUCCUCGCCUUAUGGACAUCUUCCAAACUGGAAGCUGUUACCUAUGAUAGUGAAGUGUGGUGAUGACUUACGGCAAGAACUGCUCGCUUACCAACUACUCUCCCAGCUACAAGCCAUCUGGAAACAAGAGCGAGUUCCACUCUCACUCAGACCAUUUGCGGUAGUUGUGACAUCGGAUGACAGCGGUCUUAUUGAGCCCAUUGUGAACGCAGUGUCCCUCCAUCAGAUCAAGAAGAACAGUCAGAUGUCGCUACUAAACUACUUUAUCAAGGAACACGGUGAUGUCAAUUCCGAGGAGUUUCUGACUGCACAGAGGAAUUUUGUUGAAAGUUGUGCAGCGUACUGCCUUGUCUGCUACAUACUGCAAGUCAAAGAUAGGCAUAAUGGGAACAUUCUGCUGGAUAACUACGGUUAUAUCAUCCACAUCGACUUCGGGUUCAUCCUUUCAAGCUCCCCUGGAAAACUCGGCUUCGAGAACUCGCCAUUCAAGCUCACGCACGAGUUUGUAGAGGUCAUGGGAGGUAUCGAUAGCGACAUGUACAACUACUUCAAGAUUUUGAUGCUCCAGGGCUUCCUCGCCGCGCGCAAGAACAUGGACAAGUGCUUGCAGAUCGUCGAGAUCAUGCAGACAGGGUCUAACUUGCCGUGCUUUAUCCGCGGUGCGUCGACAAUCCGCGCGAUGAGAGAGAGAUUCCACAUGAACCUGACCGAGGAGCAGCUGGACUCUCUCGUCAACGGGUUGGUGGAGACAAGCAUUUCCUCGCUCACCACCAAACUGUACGAUGGAUUCCAGUACCUCACAAAUGGCAUCUUAUGAUCCAUGGUGGAGACAAGCUUUUUCUCUCUUAAAACCGCCAAACUCUACGAUGGAUUCCAGUACCUCACAAAUGUCAUCUUAUGACUUCCUUAUUUCACUGGAUGAACUUGAUGGCAUCACUUCUUAUCGUGACGUCACUAUCUGAUGACGUCACUACCCAAGGCCAGGAACUAUGAUGACGUCACGAACCACAGUUCGUAGUUUGAGAUGUGCCUCAUUAUGGCAUCACAUGACACAUGUAGCGUUAAUAUCCCAUGACAAACCUAAGGCCACGUUUGAGACGGGAUACAGUACCUUACGAAAAGCAUUCCAUGAUGACGUCAUCCGUUGAAGGCUCUAUUGAUGAAGUCACAUUCUGUCUUGAUAUUGCCGAAGAUUUAUAAUAUCGACGAUGACGUCAUGAUAAUAUUGCCGAUGACGUCAUGAUGAUAUCGCCGAUGACGUCAUGAUGGUAUCGCUGAUGACGUCAUGAUGAUAUCGCUGAUGACGUCAUAAUGAUAUCGCCGAUGGCGUCAUGAUGAUAUCGCUGAUGACGUCAUAAUGAUAUUGCCGAUGACGUCAUGAUGAUAUCGCCUAUGACAUAAUAAUAUCUCCUAUGACGUCAUAAUGGUAUCGCCUAGACGUCAUGAUGAAGCGAAGUGAACAUUCACCGCGCAUCGCUAGCGGCAUCUUAAAAAUUGUUAAACGCACCCCAGCAGUGCUCGCUCAGUUAUUGUCUCGCUUCAAAACGAUGGAGUUGUUCCCUUACCGGGUCGCGCGAGGAACGGCGAAAAGAAAUACUGCUGACUUUAGUCACGAAAAGUAUAUAUUUCUUAAUAUACAAGACUAUUUUGACCUGGUUUGGCCGAAUGCAGGCGUUUACUCGGUGGCCUGGGGACGUCAGACAUUACAAAAUGGCGGAGCAAAAAAAGAUGGCAAUCGCAACUCCACGCAUAUCGCUUAAUUUGCGCGAAAAACACCGAUUAAAUGCCUGAGCAGGCCAUAGUUGAUUCGCUAGUACAGGCAGGGCCUUACUUAGGACAUACAUAAUUCGCACAACUGUUCCAAAACCUAGAUUCGUGAGAUUAUAACGUAGGUAACGCGUUACCGCUUUGCCUUCAUCUAGUCAAAUGACAAGAUGGUCGAAGCUUGUUCCGCUUUUGAAGUAUUCUAGGUACGGCCCUGAGAUCUUAACUUAAAGAGCCCUUGUUAGCCACGGCUUUGUUAUUGUUUUCAACCCAAUAUUGGACCAAUAUUGGACGACAAAUUAUGAGAAGAAAUCCCCAAGUAACAAUCAAAAAUAAAAAUUUUAUGAUAUAUUUACUUAAUUUAAUCGAAAAUAACGCGACAUUUUUCCUUAUGCAGCCGAUGGAAAUGGAUGCUUUUCCACACUUGCGACUUUGCUAGGAUGACAAAAUGGAUGCUUUUCCACACUUGCGACUUUGCUAGGAUGACAAAAUGGAUGCUUUUCCACACUUGCGACUUUGCUAGGAUGACAAAAUGGCGGCUAACAGUGGCUCUUUAGCAAAAGGAAUGAAGUACGAUCUUGUUGGGUUUCUUCUUCCUAUUUCGUGAAUUAUGAAUUGCUUUAACACGUGAUUCUAAAUAUAGACACAAUUUUAUUUUUCAAUCAGUGAAUGAAAAAAACGCGAAAAUUAUAGAAAAAGAUUUUGCCGUCAUGAAUAUCGCUAUGAUUUAUUAAAUACUUAUUUGCACUCUUA